AUGGCAGGACAGACAGGGGAGAGUGGAGAUUUGGGAUCAAUUCAGAAACUAUUUGCAGCUUACAUGGACACAUACUUAGCAAUGCCACCAAGCCCUUCAGACUCGAAGAAAAUCUUCGAGCAUAUCAUAAAGGACUGCAGAACAUUGGCUCAAACAGUGGCAAGGGAUACAAGGCACCGAACUAGUAACGAGAAGAAAUGGAUGGAGGAUAAAAUUUUAAUUUCACAAAACAUUGAAGCUCUGAAGACAAAAUUUAAUUCGAUGAAUUUAGGAGGUCGAAAAUUGUCAGUGUGGUCAACAGAGGUCACGGAGGCCCUGCAAAAACAGGAUGAACUGGUAAAAGAAGUUCGAGGACUUGUAGAAAGGCACGCGGGAGAUGAAAAAUCAAGGGCGGAACUUUGGAAUGAACUUGAAACUUGCAAGAAGUCGCACGAACAAAUGUGGGACAAAAUCAACGGAUGGGAAAAUCGACUGAAGAAAAUAGAAGGCGACAUUGAAAUCUUGCAAAAUCUACCGUUUGAAGGCCCGGAGUUAAUCGACGAAUCCAUCGAAGAACAAAUGCAAAAAUUGCACAUUACCAAAAAGGAGACUGCGAAAACAGCAACAGGCUCAAAGCAUGAGGAGAAACGACAGGCUGGAAAAUCCGAUGAAAGGGGCACCUCAGAAAGCAGUGACUUGCAAAACGAUGGUGAAGAUGAAGAGCACGGACAAGUAGCUAGCCUUGAUUACAACCCGUUGAUAAGGCCUUUCACGUCAACCGCGGACAUGACUUUUCCCGAAUGGCUUACGAAAUUUGAGGAUUUUAGAGAUCAACAGAAAGAGAAAUGGAGUGAUGACGUCACAUUGAAGAAAUUAAAGUUGUACUUAAAUGGAGAUGCGAGGGAAAGACUCUUGAAGUACGCACUAGACCCUACAGCAGAACCCGGGGAAGAAAAAUUCAGAAAGUAUGCUGAUGUGAGAAAGGAUCUACUCGACUCUUAUACAAAAGAUGGCGGCCAGGCGAUAGCCAGAUCUGAGUUAUCAGUGACUCGGCAGCGACGUGACGAGACUAUUUCGGCCUUUUUGGAAAGAUUGGCGAAAUUAGUUGCGCGAUUAGAUCCAGAUGCGACCACAACAGCACGAGAAAAACGGGUUUUUGAGGAAUUUAUGUCCAAGGUUUGCGAUGAGAUUGCUGAACCUCUUCGGCUAUCGAUUCCCGAAAAUCUUGAGCAAGCGCGAGCCAAAGCGUUAGCUUUAGAAAGCAUUCAAGCCGCCAAGAAACUGGCAAGACAAGAUGCCCUGACGGAAACGCUGGUUCAUGCCGUGCAAACUAUGGCAACAAUUUCAGAAAACAUGAAAGCUCAGCAAGAGAAAGCGCGAGAAAAUAACGAGAGAGGUAGCCAACAAGUGGAAUGUUUUUACUGCCAUAAAAUGGGGCACUUUGCGAGGGAUUGUCGCACGAAAAUGUUUGAUCGGCAGAAAUAUCAGCAAAACCGUGGUGGAUUCCGAGGUUCAGCUUCCAGGCAAAGCUAUUCUAGCGGGAUAAGGGGGCAAGGUUCGAGCAAUAAUCGCUGGAAAAACAAUGAGAGAUUCAGGAAUCAACGACCAAGGAACGAUCAUGUGGUCACAUCUUUGAACACAUCCGUAGAGGACCAUCCCAGGCAAGCAGAAAAGGAAAAAGCAAUGAAAAUCUGGAAGGAGAAACGCGAACGAUUACUGCGUAGCCAGAAUAUUCCAACUGUACUAGCGCUAAGAAACAACGAGCCGGUGAGCCAAAGAUGGCCUGAAAGAACUCAUGCGUGGUGGAUUCUUAUGCUGAUGAUGAUGCUUUUUACACCGAUAACAAUGGCACAAUACCCUAUGAUCUGCCAGAACAAAUUUGGAAGAAGAUUAGUCAAGCUUCCGGGACCACCGGACUGCCCUAAGUUGUCGCUGCUCAACGACAGUAAACCCAAGCGAAUGGAGAUAGAGAUUUUUCAGCACAAUGCUCCACUGAUUAACACGCCAGCUCAAGUUUGUCAAAUAUCGAAAAGUCAAAUAAGGUACUUUACGACGCUAACGGGAGUCAAGGUUGAGCAGGCCGCACACCCAACCGCAAUGGAAGUAAGCAAAGAAGAAUGCCAGCAAAUGAUUGCUACGCGAACAUGCAGGCAUGGUGGAAUGGUAGCUAAACAUGACGGUUGGAUAACAGAGAACAAGUUUGAACGGAACUACCCCUGGCCUGUGUUGGGAAGUUUUUCGUGGACCACAGAGGAAAUUUACAACUGUAUGACUUUUAAUGCGACAGUUCAAAUCGACACGAGAAGCCAGGAAGUUACAUCAAACGCGGGUAGAGUUGUCAACGGCACGUACAGGGAUGGGUAUAGUCAUCUGGAAGAUGGAUCAGCCAUUGUAUGGACGCCAGAGAUUACAAAAUUGUGCCCAUUCAAGUUUCUUGGGAACUUUGACGGGAGAAUUAUGGGGAAUGUCUGGCUUUCGAACAAUAGCGAGUUUGCGCUGACAUUGUUAGACAACAACAAGAUGACAAGUUCAUGUGGAAAGGAACUGGAAUUAACCCCUCAAGGCUAUGCAGUCGGCCGGAGAAAAAUAAGACAUCAAAGAGAUGCAAAACAAAUAUCGCCUGGAAUGUUAGCAACUUCAAUGCAAGCACUCAGAGAAGGGAUUGUGAGGCUACUUCAUCAUCAGUUCAGUCAAGUCUUAGAACAAACUUGUCGGAACCAAGCUUGGACCUCACAACAAUGGAAAAGUUUAGCAGUAGCCAAUCCGACUGCGACAAUCAGACAGCUAAUGAAAAAUCAGCUACUUCAUGCUCGGAUGUUAACACCAGAUGUUCUGGAAGUAUUUCCCUGUCGCCCAGUCUUCUUCCACUCUAUUUGGCCCCAACCUUUGAGAGAGAAACGGUGUACCCAAUACUUACCGAUUGCGGUUGCGGACCCAACAAUUCACUAUACGAACAGAGAAGCCUUUUUGGAUCCAAGUACAUUGAUUAUUACGGACGAGAGCCCAUCAAUACCUUGUAAUAUUAUGGGAUCCUAUAUAUUGCCUAGAGGAAAAGAUUUUUUGGAAAUAGAUCCGCGCAGUGGAAAGACAAAGGAAAUUAAUCAAUCAGCUGUUUUAACGAUGACUGAAUUAAGGACAGGGCCAAAGAUGAUGUCUGGGGUACCGUUGAUAGUCUUCUCAGCGACCGAUUUAGCAAAUUUUUCGGACUCUUUUGAGUUCCAACAUUGGCAGGCUCUCCAUAAGCCUACUAUAGAAACAGAGUCGAGCCGGCAAAGGCCCAAUGAAGAAGGAUUCUUCCCCGAAUUAAAGAAGCACUCGAUUUUGAGUCUGAUGCUACCUAAGUGGCCCAUCAGCGACAUUUGGCUUUAUAGUUGCGCCGCUAUUGUCACAUUACAUACUUUGGUGACAUUCUUAAGAAUGUAUUUCGAAGCUCAAUUGGGCCUGAUUUGGGCAUUUGUAGAGGGGAAUUUCCCAAAAAGGAGAAGAGCGAGAACGGCAGAAGAGAUUUCGGUAACAAAUUGGCCUCCCGCUGUAGUCUCGACUCUGGAUACCAAGCACAUUUACACUCAAUUACCGGUAACUUUAAAUGGACUAGAAAUGUCUGCGCUCCUUGACACUGGAGCUUCAAUGACCGUAAUGUCAGUAAGCUUUGCACCAUUAUUGGGAGUGGAAUUGGAGGAGUCUUACGUUCAACCAGCAACUUCAGCCAGUGGGCAUGCGUUAAUAAUGGAAGGAAAGGCAGAAGUAACGGCAAAAAUUGGAAAUAUUACACGCCAAAUUUUGGUAUCGUUUACAAGCAACGAGCACUUCCGUGACAAAACUUCGUAUGAUGUAAUUCUGGGAUGUGAUGCCCUAGCUAAAUUCCCGUCUUUUUCGAUAGACAUGGCAUCGAGAACAGUACAAUUCGGAAAUUGUAAAAUUGCGUUGAUGACUCCAGAACAGAUGACGACGAGACCCCGAAAGUUGCAGAUUCUGUCAAACAUUUUGAUCCCACCACAAUCAGCGAUCACUGUACAAUGCGCGGCUUUAUUGAGAGACAUGCCAGAGAAUUUUGAUCUGUUCAUCGACGAACUCACGCAGAAAUUACAAGAUAGCGGACUGGAAAUACCUCCGACAUUGAUCUCAAAGAGUGAGCCUACGGUCUUAAUAUCAAAUCCGACUCGAGCUCAAGUUCAACUUUUUGCGGGACAAACCUUAUCUAACUCAGCCCAACCCACGGCGAUGAGAUCAAGCUUAUGUGGACCAACAGUUUCCUCGCUGGGAACACAGCUAAGAACCCAGAAGGAAGGCAAAACCAAUCAGAAUGAUCCUGAUUAUUUUGUAGAUUUGACAACAUCCGCAACUGAUGAAAAUGGGAAAAGGAAGCUACAGAAAUUACUCGAAGAAUUUCCGGAUGUGUUUGCCAAAAAUCAAUAUGAUCUCGGACGUGCAAAAGUGGAACCGCAAGAUAUUCACACCACCACGGAGGUUCCGGUCUUUUCCAAGCCUCAUAGGGUGCCUUAUCAAAUGAAAAAUGAAUUUGAUCAGCACAUACAGAAAUUACUGCAAUCAGGAGCAAUGAAACCCUCACAGACUCCAUGGGUGAGUCCAGUCGUUAUGGUAAGGAAGAAAGAUGGAACAUUGAGGCCAUGUAUCGAUUUCCGGAAGUUAAACGCAGUGACAAUACCAGACAGGUUCCCUAUGCCUACAAUAGAGGAUGUUUUAACCAGUGUUGGUGGCUGUACGUGGUACUCUUCGCUUGAUUUAGCGAGUGGGUUUUGGCAAAUUCCGCUAACGGAGAAUGCUUCACGAAAAUGUGGCGUGAUUACGGCAAAAGGAGUUUAUGAAAUGACUAGAAUGCCCUUUGGCCUUGUAAAUGCGACUAGUAUUUUCUCAAGGGUAAUGACGUCAGUUUUAACGGGAUUAGAUCAGGCAAUAAGUUAUGUGGACGACGUUCUCGUUUUCACAAAAAGUGAGGACUUAGAAGAUCACAUUGCGGAUCUCAAAACGGUUUUUGACAGAUUUAGGUCGUAUGGACUCAAAUUAUCACCAAAGAAGUGCAGACUAGCGACAAAAUCGUUAUCAUUUCUGGGACACACCUUAGACAAAGAUGGAUACCGACCGGAAAAAUCGCACGUUCAAGCUGUCGAGAAAUAUCCGCGACCUACUACAGUUAAACAGGUAAGGAGGUUUUUAGGAAUGGCGGGAUUUUAUCACAAAUUUAUCCCGAAUUUUGCGCAAAUCGCGGAACCAAUGUAUCGACUUUUGCGGGAUAAGACAAAAUUUCAUUGGGAAUCGGAUCAGCAAAAGGCAUUCGAAGCCAUAAAAGAAGCUCUAGUUAGUGACAGUGUUCUCACAUUUCCGACUUAUGACAAGCCCUUUCACCUUUUUGUUGAUGGUUCACAAGUGGCAAUGGGAGCUUCACUAAUGCAAUUAAUUGACGGCAGUUUUCGUCCUAUUGCGCAUGUCAGUAGAACACUGGCCUUGAACGAAAGAAAGUGGCCAGCGGUUCAGAUUGAAUUGGCAGCAAUCAUUUGGUCCCUACGCACCUUAAGGCCAUUUAUCUACAACUGCAAAAUAAUUGUUCACAGCGACCACAAACCGCUCAGCUUUUUGGACCAGAAACGGACAGUUCACCCUCAUUUACAACGCUGGGCAGUCGAACUACAACAAUAUGACCUUGAACUUGUUCACGUUCGGGGUCAAGACAACGUGGUAGCGGAUGCCCUUUCGAGAAUCCCGGAGGAACAAUCAGAAGAGAAUUACCCCCCGGCGAGCGAACUGGAUGACAAUGUUGAGUAUCCCUUUUGUCUUAGUAUCGAUUGGACGAAAAGUUUUGAACUCAAAAGUGCACAAAAUGAGGAUUUGAUGCUGGCAAAGAUUCGAAAAGGUUUGAAUGGAGAAGACCCAGAUUUUCUUCCAGAACAAGGAGAAGAGGCCUGGAUUUUUGAGAAAGCCAAAAUCAAUGCGGACAAUUUGUUGGUCGUAAUGACAAAGGAAAAUGACAGCGAGAUAGAGCGCCCACUGAUACCUGAAGCAAUAAGGCAAUCGCUGUUCUCAAUGGUCCACAGCUCCCCAAAUAUUGGAGCACAUCUUGGAGCCAAGAAAACGAUUCAGAAAAUGUCGAGAUAUGCCUGGUAUCAAAUGGCGAAGGAUAUUAAACAGUGGUGUGAGGAGUGCCAAAAAUGUCAACAGUUUUCGAUGCCAAGAAUAUCGUCACGAACCGAGGUAAUUCCAUGGAUAUCGCAAUAUGAUGGUCCAAUGCAAUUAAUUGGACUUGAUCUUUGUGGCCCACUACCAAAAACGGACAAGGGAAAUCUUUACAUCUUAAACAUGAUCGACAUGUUCACAAAGUACAUUGUUUCCGUACCAAUCCCCAACGCUACGGCCGAAACAGUAUCUCAAAUGAUCCUGGACAAACUUAUUUUUAUUCAUGGGACGCCUCGAGCCUUCUUAUCAGACAAUGGGCCGUGUUUUAAAGCCCACCUUUUCCAAAUGCUAACCGAAAGAUUGGGGAUCGAGCAUAAAACUACGGUACCUCAUCACAGCACCGGAAAUGGAGCCGUGGAGAGGUCCUUUCGGACGUAUCAUGCCCUAUUGGCAAAAGCUAUGGGUCCGAGCGGUCAAUUUGAUGAGAUUCUGCCGGCCAUAACGUUUGCCUAUAAUACGUCCUCCCACUCGACAACAAUGGAAACCCCUUUUUACUUAACUCAUGGCAGAGACCCUCAGUUCGUGUCUGAUAUUCUACUGUCGGCGCCCUCUAUGCAUUUGAUCGUUAGGGACAAUGAUGUCCUGGACUUCAGAGCCCGACUAACGACCAAUGUCCGCCUGGCCUGGAACGGGGCACUCGAAGAAUCCCGAAGAUCAGCGGAGCAGUUUGAAAAAUUUUAUAAUAAGAAAUCCAAGCCUGGCCGAAUCCAUCCGGGAACUCUGGUGUUAAAAAGAGUUUUUAUAGAAGGUGAAAAUCGUUCCAGGAAACAAUGGAUGAAAUUUGAUGGACCCUAUCGAGUAGAAUCGGUGGUCCCACCGCAUGCAAUAAUUCGACCAGUCGAUAAUGCUACACAAAAAGGGAAGGAAGUUCAUCUCGACCAGAUCAAACCCUAUUAUGGACAGAUUUUACCUCCUCAUACACCACCUCCAGAAAAACAAAUCCCACAGAGCGACCCAGAGAGACAAAAGAGCCCGAAAACACGGAAAAUGCGAAAUGAGAGCGAGCAGAAAUCAACAGUGCAACGGCGUUAUAACCUACGUCCCCGAAAUCAACGAAAUUAA